GAAAUGGGUCCAUCAAACCCAUGUUCUAGUGUAAGAAGCCCAACCCACAAAAUACAAAAACCCUAAACUCUGAAAACGGGUUAACUUAUGCGCAUUGCUCUCAUUUCUUUCGUGCGGCUUCAUCCUCUUCCUCCCUCCACUCUAAGGUAUAAGAUCCAAUUGCUGCAAGACUCUGAUUCAAGAUGAGUAAGCUUCAGAGUGAAGCUGUGAGAGAAGCUAUUACAGGAAUCAUGGCUGAUUCCAAGGAAAAAAACCGAAAAUUUGUUGAGACUAUUGAACUCCAGAUUGGUCUUAAGAACUACGACCCACAAAAGGAUAAACGUUUCAGUGGUUCUGUCAAAUUGCCUCACAUUCCUCGACCUAAGAUGAAGAUUUGCAUGCUUGGAGAUGCUCAGCAUGUUGAGGAGGCUGAGAAAAUAGGAUUGGAAUCGAUGGAUGUUGAAGCUUUGAAGAAGCUAAACAAAAACAAGAAACUGGUGAAGAAAUUGGCAAAGAAGUACCAUGCCUUUUUAGCUUCUGAAGCUGUUAUUAAGCAGAUUCCCCGUCUUUUGGGUCCUGGUCUCAACAAGGCAGGAAAGUUCCCUACACUUGUUUCCCACCAAGAAUCUCUCGAGGCUAAGGUUAAUGAGACUAAGGCUAUGGUCAAGUUCCAGCUUAAGAAAGUGCUGUGCAUGGGAGUAGCUGUUGGCAAUGUCAGUAUGGAUGAGAAACAAAUCUUCCAAAAUGUACAACUGAGUGUUAACUUCCUCGUGUCCUUGUUGAAAAAGAAUUGGCAAAAUGUUAGGUGCUUGUAUCUGAAAAGUUCGAUGGGCAAAUCUUACCGUGUCUUUUAAACGGUCUUUACAUCCAAUGUUUUUGAAAUUGAGCUUAAUAUUUUGGUUACUGUAAUAGCUGAGACAGCAGGUUUCCCUUUUCUACAGUUUUGUUUGAUGAGAUUUUGUUGUCAGUAUUGUGUUCUUGAAGAUUAUGUCAGAAGUGCUAAUUUUAUUCCGCAUGGUUUAUUUCUUCA